AAAGAAGUGGCUCCUGGUUUCACUUUGAUGUAAUAGAGUUUUUGUAGUCUCUAUUUCAUUUAUUUCUGCUCUAUAUUAUUUUUUUCACUUCUACUGGCUUUGGGUUUUGUUCUUUUUCUGUCUUCUCUAGGUGUAAGUAUAGGUUUUUGUUUGAGAUUUUUCUUGCUUCUUGAGGUAGACCUGUAUUGCUGUAAUCCUUCCUCUUAGAAUAGCUUUUGUUGCAUCUGAAAGAUUUUGGACCAUCGUGUUUUCAUUUUCAUUUGUUUCCAUGCAUUUUUUCAUUUCCUGUUUGAUGAAUUGUUGGACCCAUUUACAGUUUAGUAACAUGUUCAGCUUCCAUAUAUUUGUGUUCUUUUCAGGUGUGUGUGUGUGUGUGUGUGUGUGUGUGAUUUCUAGUUUAAUACCCCUCUGGUCAGAAAAGAUGCAUAAUAUGAUUUCAUUCUUUUUUAAUUUGUUGAGACUUGUUUUGUGGCCUAACAUGUUAUCUGUUCUGGAGAAUGUUCCAUGUGCAAUUGAAAAGAUUGUGUAUUCCACUGUUCUGGGAUGAAAUGUUCUGAAUGUAUCUGUUAGAUCCCUUUGGCCUAGUGUGUCAUUCAAAGCCAGUGUUUCCUUGUUGAUUUUCUGUUUGGAUGAUCUGUCCAUUGAUGUAUGUGUUAAAGUCUCUUACUAUUAGUGUAUUACUAUUGAUUUUUUCCUUUAUGUCAGUUAAUAGUUGCUUCGUGUAUCUGAGUGCUUUCAUGUUGGGUGCUUAAAUACUUAUUAUUAUAUUCUAUUUUUGGAUUGUUCCCUUCAUGAUUAUAUACUGUCUUUCUUUGUGUCUUGUCAGUUUGUAUUGUAAAGUCUGUUUUGUAUGAUGUAACUAUUGCUACCCCAGCUUUCUUUUUGCUUUCAUUUGCCUGAUAAAUGUUUUUUCCAUCCCUUCCCUUUCAAUUUGCAUGUAUCUCUAGGUCUGAAGUGAGUCUCUUGUAAGCAGCAUAUAGAUGGGUCUUGCUUUAUCCUUUUAGUCAUCCUGUGUCUUUGGAUUGGAGAAAUAACCCAUUUACAUUUAUAAUUAUCAAUAGGUGGCGAUAAAAAUAAUAGAUAAAUCUCAGCUGGAUGCAGUGAACCUUGAGAAAAUCUACCGAGAAGUACAAAUAAUGAAAAUGUUAGACCACCCUCAUAUCAUCAAACUUUACCAGGUAAUGGAGACCAAAAAUAUGUUGUACCUUGUGACAGAAUAUGCCAAAAAUGGAGAGAUUUUUGACUACCUUGCUAAUCAUGGCCGGUUAAAUGAGUCUGAGGCCAGGCGCAAAUUCUGGCAAAUCCUGUCUGCUGUCGAUUAUUGUCAUGGUCGGAAGAUUGUGCACCGUGAUCUCAAGGCUGAAAAUCUCCUGCUGGAUAGCAACAUGAACAUCAAACUAGCAGAUUUCGGUUUUGGAAAUUUCUUUAAAAGUGGUGAACUGCUGGCAACAUGGUGUGGCAGCCCUCCUUAUGCGGCCCCUGAAGUCUUUGAAGGGCAGCAGUAUGAAGGACCACAGCUGGAUAUCUGGAGCAUGGGAGUGGUUCUUUAUGUCCUUGUCUGUGGAGCUCUGCCUUUUGAUGGACCAACUCUUCCAAUUUUGAGGCAGAGAGUUUUAGAAGGAAGAUUCCGGAUUCCCUAUUUCAUGUCCGAAGAUUGUGAGCACCUCAUUCGAAGGAUGUUGGUCCUAGACCCGUCCAAACGGCUAACCAUAGCUCAAAUCAAGGAGCAUAAAUGGAUGCUUGUAGAAGUUCCUGUUCAGAGACCUGUUCUCUAUCCACAAGGGCAAGAAAAUGAGCCAUCCAUUGGGGAAUUUAAUGAGCAGGUUCUGCGAUUGAUGCACAGCCUUGGAAUAGAUCAGCAGAAAACCAUUGAGUCUUUACAGAACAAGAGCUAUAACCACUUUGCUGCCAUUUAUUACUUGUUGGUGGAGCGUCUGAAAUCACACAGGAGCAGCUUUCCUGUGGAGCAGAGACUGGAUGCCCGCCAGCGUCGGCCCAGUACCGUGGCUGAACAAACAGUUGCCAAGGCCCAAACUGUGGGGCUCCCGGUGACCGUGCACUCCCCAAACGUGCGGCUGAUGCGGUCUGCCCUCCUCCCUCCCGCAUCCAACGUGGAGGCCUUUUCAUUCCCAGCGUCCAGCUGUCAGGCAGAAGCAGCCUUUAUGGAAGAGGAAUGUGUUGACACACCAAAGGUUAAUGGCUGCCUGCUGGACCCUGUGCCUCCCGUCCUCGUGAGGAAGGGGUGCCAGUCGUUGCCCAGCAACAUGAUGGAGACGUCUAUCGACGAGGGGCUGGAGACGGAGGGGGAGGCUGAGGAAGACCCCAGCCAGGCCUUCGACGCGUUCCAGUCCACGCGCGGUGGGCAGAGACGGCACACUCUGUCAGAAGUGACCAAUCAGCUGGUCGUGGUGCCUGGUUCAGGGAAAAUAUUCUCCAUGAGUGACAACCCCUCCCUUGACAGUGUGGACUCUGAGUAUGAGAUGGGGUCUGUUCAGAGGGACCUGAACUUUCUGGAGGACAACCCUUCCCUUAAGGACAUCAUGUUAGCCAAUCAGCCGUCCCCACGCAUGACCUCUCCCUUCAUCAGCCUGAGACCUGCCAACCCAGCCAUGCAGGCUUUGAGCUCCCAGAAGCGAGAGGCUCACAACAGGUCACCAGUGAGCUUCAGAGAGGGCCGCAGGGCGUCGGAUACCUCCCUCACCCAAGGAAUUGUGGCAUUUAGACAACAUCUUCAGAAUCUGGCUAGAACCAAAGGAAUCCUAGAGUUGAACAAAGUGCAGCUGCUGUAUGAACAGCUAGGGCCAGAGGCAGACCAGGACUUGGCCCCAGCGGCACCCCAGCUCCAGGACCUUGCUGGCGCUUGCCCUCAGGAGGAAGUUUCUCAGCAGCAGAAAACGGUCUCCACUGUCCCCAGCAGUGUGCGUCCUCAGCUGUCCCCACGGCAAAGCCUGGAGGCCCAGUACCUACAGCACAGACUCCAGAAGCCCAGCCUUCUGUCCAAAGCCCAGAACACCUGUCAGCUUUAUUGUAAGGAAGCCCCGCGGAGCCUGGAACAGCAGCUGCAGGAACACAGACUCCACCAGAAGCGACUCUUUCUGCAGAAACAGUCUCAGCUGCAGGCCUAUUUUAAUCAGAUGCAGAUAGCGGAGAGCCCGUUCCCGCCGCCGCCCCUUCCCCGCCAGGAGGCGUCUGCGCAGGCGCCGCCGCCCCCGCCCUUCGGCCUGGCCCAGCCCCUGAGCCCCGUCCUGGAACCCGCCCCGGAGCAGAUGCAGUACAGCCCCUUCCUCGGCCACCAGUACGAGGACCUGCGGCUGCAGCCCCUGCCCUCCUCGCCCGGGCCCCGGGCCCCUGCGCUGCCCGUGCACCUGCAGCAGCAGCAGCAGCAGCCGCCUCCGCCGCCCCCGCCGCCGCCCCCGCAGGCGGGAGCCGCCCCCGCGCCCCUCCGCUUCCCCUAUCAGACUUGCGAGCUGCCGGGGGCGGCCUCCCCUGAGCCGGACUAUCCCCCGCCCUGUCAGUACCCCAUGGAUGGAGCCGCGCAGAGCGGCCUCGCGGCACAGGACUGUCCCAGGAGCUCAGGACUGCAGGAGGCCGCCUCCAGCUACGACCCCCUGGCUCUCGCCGAGUUCCCUGGACUCUUCGAUUGUGAGAUGCUGGAGGCUGUGGAUCCACAGCACGGGGGCUACGUCCUGGUAAAUUAACCUCAGCGCAGGAAGCGAGGCGGGUCAAGUGAGGGAAGAAUGUGGAUUUCUAUUUUUUUUCCAGCCUUUUAAGUGUCAAGCUUACUUUCCUGCCCUCUCCCAAAAGGAGAAAACCACGUUGCCCAACUGGAAUCAAGAGGGCCUGGCCAGGCGCGCAGCGCUUCCUCUUGGCUCUGUCUCACCGCGGUCUUGUGGGGCGAGGGGCUGGAACACGUCGGAGCUGAAGCCCGUGCCCUUAGAUCAAGUGGAGAAACGCUGGUGGGAGGCGCUGACAGAUGUUGUCAUGAGACAUCCAGACCUAGGUUUCCUGUAGACCUACAGCAGUUCGUUAUCGGGGGAAACCUUGGUGAACAGCUGUGUGCCAUUAGAUCUGGGCAAAACGAAACACAAAAAAAAUGCAAUAUAUUUUUCACUGAAGCCAAGCGACAGCCCAUCGUGUUCAGGCAGGUCAAGAAUACGUAGUGGGAUUUGACGCAUAGGAAGGAAAAUUGUGCUCGGUCACCGAAUCCUAAGUUUGAAGCUGCUGAUACAGGUUGUCCCCAAGACCACUGCAAAGCAGGGGGACAUGAGCUUUGUUUCAGGGGCUGCUGAGUGACAGCCGGGACUGAGCCUUGAUACUGGCAGUCGUCUCCACCCGGAGCAGUGACUUCCCCCCACCCCCUCCCUUUUUAGAGGUUUCUGGGGCUCCUACUCUGUCACCUGUAGAACCACGAGACCCACCGCAGUGGAGACUGGGGAGCACCGGCCCUGGGCCAGGGGAGGACGGGCUCUUCCCGCAGAGUCUUCUGUGGAGACCGCUGCUCCUGGGCGGUCAGUCUUCAGAGGGCCUUGCGGCUCUUUUAAAAUGUAGUCACUACUUUGACUUUAUACUCUAUGUUGCUAGUAGUUUAUGGAGCUUUGUACAUUUGGACAGUUUCAUGUAGGGCUUAGCAAUUCUAAGGACAAGAAAUAUGAACUUCGAUCUCCCAUGUGAAGUGGUAGUGCCGUGCCUUUUUUGCCCAGACCGUGCUUUAAUUCUUUCUUUUCUGUAGAAACCAACAGUUUUCCAUUUAUGUCAAGGCUGAAUCCAAAGUCCCUUCGGAGUUUGUUUUCCACCAUGUGGGAAUCGCGUUCUUCAUUUCCUUCAAAGUUUUAACUUGUAAUGAAAUGUUCAAGUAUUACAGCAAUAUUCAGAACCACAGAUGUGUUAACCAUCUAGCAGACCAUCUGCCAAACACGUUCUAGGACUAGCGAAACGUAACCUUAACCCUUCCAAUUCACUCAUCAGAGGAAGUCAAAGCUAGAUGCACCAACUAGUUCAUUGUGUACCUAGAAGGAGCGAGUAACCACCCAGCGUUCCUGACAGACGGUCGUUUGUCCUGUAGCCCGGCCUGUCCUAGCAGCAGGUGACUGGGCUGAGCAUAAAGCGUCACAAAGCACAAAGAGAGACACUACACUGAUGCUGCAUCUAGAAACACCUUUAAGUUGCCUUUCCUCUGUGUAGUCUGCCCGAGCAGAUGAGAAGCCCCUAGCCCGGUAUCAGGGAGGUGCUCUGCAAGGGGGGGGGGGGGGGGGGGUGAGGGUGUGGUGGAGGACUGUUGUUUUUUUGAUGGCCACAACUCAUGAAAACCCAGGAGGAAUGAAUUCUGUUCAUUCUGUGGAUUAUUUAUUCCUCCUCGUGCUUCAGAUUCAUGGUUUCAGAAGAUAGAGAACAUCGUUUCAUUUAAGCGAUGCUUGUGUUACCAUCUCUAACCUGUUUUCAGUGUGCAAAAUAAGCCAGUUAUGAAACACGGUUUGAUUUUAGACUAAAGGAUUUUUUUCCAAAAUCUACAGAAGCGCUGUAGUAUUUGUGAAAUUAAAAUGCCUUCCGGCCUGAAACUGGGGUCGCAAGAAUGUUACUUAGAGGUGGACACAGAGGCCUUGGGCCAUGAGCCUGGGAAACCUCUGAGCUGUGGCUGACAGGUGAGGCCAGCCCGGGGGGACAGUCCCAGCAGCCACCAGGCCUGGGAGGCACUCCCCCGGUGAACAGCGUGAACCACUCUGCCGGACCCGUGUCGUAAGCUCCUGUUUGCUUUCCUCAUUUCAAGCAGCAAUCAAUAAACUCCACAACGAUCGUCUUGACUGAAAUGUAAGCUGGUGAGUGGAGACUGGUGGUGGUCAAGUGUUUUCCCAGCCCCGUGUGAUCUGUCCCCUAAGUAGUGACCUCUGUACGCUUCCGCGUUUUCACACACACUAAGAUGACACGAAGGCGGCUUCGUAUUGCUCUGUUUGUGAGGCUUCUUUGAAAUCCUCUUUCCAGUCUGUUUCACGUUAGCAGUGUGUGCACUACUGUAUAGUAAUCAUUAGCUUUAUUGUCUUGUAAACCAGGCUCCUCUGAAGAGACUUUGGUGAGAUGAACGUGAGGUAAAAAUGUCAUUCGGCAAAAAGUGCAAUACGCGUGGUACUUUUAUUUUUUAUGUUCUUUUUUAAUCCAGGGGUAUCAGUCUCUGCUUUGGGAGAAAUGCACUAGGUCUGCAAUUUCCAGCUGGGCAAGUGUGUCUCUGGGAUUUACAUGCAACUGAUAUGCUGGUCCCUGUAAGGCAAGUACGCCGUGUUACCACAACAGAAAUCCUCCCUUUUAAAGGCCCUGGGGGGCUACACUGACCACCACCCCCCCACAGCGGGCACUGCCCUCGCGGUAUCUUGAGAACGGGGCAGAAGGUUCUCGGCAGCGCCCCGUCUCCGCUAUCCACUUAACGUCUGGGGCCCACGGAGGAGGACUAAGACCUGGCACCAAGGACCCUGUACCAAACUCUUCCUCCCCCUCGGAAAGAGAAAGUCAGACUCCCUCUGUUCCUCAGAACUCAAGCCCGGCUGGGGACUUAGGCUGUUUCCUGAGUCAGGUGGGACAGGGCGUGUGCCCUUCUGGGGAGGAAACGAGCCACUCUCCCACCACCCCCCCCAGGCCUCUCCCCCUCUGUCCCCACGCUGUCAUUAGCACCUCAGGGGGGAGCAGGGGGCACCCGGAAUCGGGAAGAAGCGGGUGUAUGCAGCCAGGGGGUGCCUGGGGGGCCAACCAGAAACCACGGGGAAGGGCCACCAGCUCAGGGAAGUGGAUACAUCAGAUGAGUGGUUUCCUGGGCGGGGUCCUCCCCAUCUCUAGGCCGUGGGACUUAAGUACAGGGGUCGCCGCGCGAGUCCAUGGAUCACGUUUAAGAGCUUCUGUCAACAGUUACACGUAAGCACCCUUUUGGUUUAGAGGAUAUCCUACUCCAGAUCUCUUUCACAUUCCUCCUCCUCUAGAGCCCGUACAGCGUGUCCUCGGACCCGUGUGGGGGCUUACCUUGGCCACAUCUGUACCCCUAAACCGGGCCAUCUCUACUGCCUCUUCCGAAGCCGCCCGAGCCGCGCUCUCUCUCUGUACCUAGACAUCAAAGGUAAAAACUGGAGAACAGGUCGUGAGUUGGAGUCACUGUAUGGGCAGGAAUCUUUGAUCACCGUGUUAAGUCUACAGAAACUUCCCAAAACAACUUCAGAAGGGUGAAAGACAAGAGCAGCGUCAGCUGUGUUUCUGAACUAGACAAAAACCUUUUUUUCAUGGACGUACGUCCUCUGCCAGGCGCAGUGGUGUGGCCCUGCUCGGCCGGUGGCCCGGAAGGGGUGGGGGCGCAGGCAGGUGUCCUACCCCCACACGGAGCCUCCCGCUCACACCCCACCCCGCAGCCGGGAGCCCUGCCGGUUCCCACCCCGGCCCUCGGCUCCCCUGCGUGAGAACGUGUGUACGUUAAUCCACACACAUUUCACAACCAGUCUAUCAAGUUAGCUGGACACAGGCUCACCUCCCACAGCUGAGGAAACCAAGGCUCUUCAAAGUUGAGGUGACCUGACCGAGCGAGCAGAGCCCGGGCGGGAGGGGCCAGGACAGGCUCUGGGGUUUUCCAGCUCCUCGCGCAGGCUCUUCCCCCACCACCCCCACCGCGGUAGCAUUGGACUAUCCUAGCGAGCCCACCAACAGAGCCCCAUCUUAGCAAAGUAGCAGCUGAAGGGGGCUCUGGCCCUGCAACCAGAUUCUCCCCUUGGCAGCCGCCUGGCUUCGGGGAAGAGGCGCCUGCAGGGACAGGCUACAGCCCUGGACCCCGCAUCCUUCAAGGGCCCGCUUAACCACCGGAGGCCAGACUCCCAGCCCGCAUGUCUGGUUCCUUCUAGUCGCAUGACGCUCACUUCCUCGAGGAGUAGGAGGAGUGGAUGGAUGGUGGCAGUGCCCACCCUGCCCUGACGGCGGAGCCUCUGCUCACCCCACCCCCCCGGGGCUCAGCCCCAGGGAGGCCCUUGGAGAACAAUCUGGAAAGCUGCCUGGCCUCGAGGAGGGACCUUACCAUUUCUUUACAGGGAAGGUCCGUCAGACCCAAGUGCUGAUUAGACACUUUUAGGGAUGAAAAAGAUAACCCCCUCUGAUUGAACAGAGGCAGGGUGGGUGGGUAGAGGGGAGCUGUGAAAGAGGAAGUACAAAACAGCACGCUGGAGAAACACGACCCCAGCCUAGGAUACGGUCGCAUGAGCCAAGUGAAAACCCGGACGGCUGCUGGCUGGGUGAUGUGUGUGCCGGUUCAACAUCUCCACCAAGGCCAUGCGAGUGGCGAUGGCUUCCCACUAGGGGUGAAAGAAACCCGCCUUGGCCAAGAUCUCCGAAGGGAAAAGAAGCAGAAAGAAAAGGUCCGCUUCUCUUUGGGGACUGCAAUUUAAGAAAUAAAAGUGAUCGAGAUAUUUGCACUUUGUGGAAAGGGCAAGAUUAUUUGCUUAUUUCUGAAAGGAGGAGGGUUGGUCUUUGGUUUUGUGAAAGAGUUCCUUUUGAUAAAAAUCUAAUUGUAGUUAUUUUUUCUGUGUGCUUUUUUUUUAAGUUACUAAGAAAAAAUGGUGAGUUCAAUAGCUUUGGUAUUUUGAGUGCAAAUCAUAAUAGCUCCAAUGUGGAAAAAAAAAAAAAAUCAAAAUGUAACCUGUCCCUCACUGUUAGAAAAUUGCCUAAAAUGCAGUUUAAUAAAUGAUCUUUGUUAUCAAAUGGUAAUUUAAAGGGGGUAAUUUUCUGCGAAGAAAAUGUACUGUUUUUAUGUUUCCAACAUAAAAUUGAACUAAAAUAAAAACAACUUGUUUUCUAA